AUGGCAGGCGAGGAGCUCCAGGAGCGGGAGCGCCUGCGGCUGGAGGCACUGGAGAAGCAGCGCGUCAAGCGCAUGCGCGCAGACGCGGGCAGCGGCGACGACGAGGACGGCGGCGGCGCGGAGGGCGGCGGCUUCGCGGCGCGACGCAGGAAGCUGCAGCACCGCUCAGGCGAUGCCCUAGACGACGACUUUGCGUCCUCCGGGGACGACGAGGACGCUGACGAGGACGCUGACGAGGACGAGGAGGGGGGCGACGACGAGAACGGCGGUGACCCGCUGCUGUCUGCGCUCGACGCGCGCCGCCGCGAGCGCGCCGCCGGCGGCCACCCGCUGCAGGCCGCGUUCAGGGAGCAGGCGGCGCGGCUCGCGGCAAAGUACGGGGUUGAGGUGGAGGGCGCCGAGGACGGCAGCGGCAGCGGCAGCGAAGAGGACGAGGACGAGGAGGGGGAGGGGCAAGAGGGCGGCAGCGGCAGCAAAGAUGAGGAGGAGGAGGGGGAGGAGGCGGGCGGCAGCGGCAGCAGCGAGGGCGACGGCAGUGAGGAGGAGGGGGAGGAGGGACGCAGCGGCAGCGAGGAAGAGGAAGAGGACGAAGAGAGCGGGGCGGCCGCGGCCGCGGCCGCGGCCGACGAGGCGCGCCGGGAGUCGGGCAAGGCCGCGGGCUCGUCGAGCGUCAAGCCGGCGGGGGGCAAGGGCCGUGCGGCGGGGGCGGCGGCGGCGGCCGUGGAGGGUCCUCUUGACCUGCCGUUCACGAUCCCCGUGCCGCAGCGCUACGAGCAGUUUGCGGCACUGGUGGCGGGGCGGCCCGCGGGGGAGCUGGCGCUGGCUAUAUCGCGCAUCCGGGCGUUCAACGCGGCGGCGCUGGCGACGGACAACAAGCGGCAGCUGCAGGUGCUCUACGGCACACUCCUGCAGCACUUUGCCAUGAUCGCCGGCGACGCACCCACCCCCGUGGCCAGCCUCGACGUCCUGACCCAGGCCCUGCUGGCCGCCACCCAGGAGGUCCCCUUCUACGCCACCACCGCCGCCCGCGCACGCCUCGGCCGCAUGCAGGAGCAGCUCUCCGCAGCACUAAAGGACCCCCUGUCCGCCCCCCGCGCGGGCUGGCCGGGCGCGCGGCAGCUGCUGCAGCUGCGGCUGUUCAGCCUGCUGUUCCCGGUUUCCGACAAGCGGCACGCAGUGGCGACGCCGCUGGCGCUGCUGCUGGGGCGAUACCUGGCGCAGUGCCCAGUGCCGGGCCCGCAGGAGGCGGCGGUGGGGCUGCUGGUGUCUGGGCUUGCCCUGCAGGCCGCGGCGCCCGCAGGCCGCGCGGUGCCGGAGGCGGUCGCCUUCGUCGCGGCCGCGCUCGGCGCGUUCGCGCCGGCGGCGGAGGGCGGGCGGCAGCAGCAGCAGCAGCAGCAGGUGGCGAGCCUUUUCGCGCCGGGCUGCCUCGCCUUUUCUCAGGAGGCGCGGGAGGCGGCGGCGGUGGGGCCAGCAGCGAACGGCAAGGCGGCGAAGAAGGGCGGCAAGAAGGGCGGCAAGAAGGGCGGCGACGACGGCGGCAGCGGUGACGCGGCGGCAGUGGGAGCAGGAGCGGAGGAGCUGCCGCCGCUGCAGCUGUACCCGCUGCUGAGCCUCCAGCCGGGCGCGGCGGACGCCGCCACUGCUGCGGCCGCUGCUGUCCGCGGCCGAGGGCUUGCUCGCGCCUGGGGCGCUGCCGCGGGGCGGCGCGGCGGCGGCGGCGGUGGCGGCGCUGUUGGAUGA